AUGGAAGAUCAAAUAAUAUCUCCAAUUGAAGAAGACGAAGUUGAACAAAAUAAACAAGAAAAUAAAGAAAUUGAAGAAGAAAUUCAAAAAUUAAUUGAAAAAGAAGAAAAUAAUUUAACUAAUUUUGAAUUUAUGGAGGUUAUGAAACCUCUAUUAUCUUCAAAUAACAAAAAUAAUAAUCCUCUUCCUCCUCCUCCAAAACCUUUAAGAACAUCUUUAAAUAGAAGAAAUAGAAGUGAUCGGUUAACUGUGAGUUUUUUUAAAAGUUUUUAAACGAUUUUUGUAAUUUUUGAGUUGACGGGUAGGGGAUUUGGGGGGUUUUAGGAAAUAUUUAAGGCAUGGGAAAGGCCAAAGGCCUUUUU